GGGCCCAUUAGUACUACAUGGAUUUCUAGCCCAGCCCAAGAGAAAGCGGUAAGAGCAAGCACCCAACAAGCCGUUUUCGUCUGCAAAAGCCUCACAAUUCACAAAACCCUCUUCCGGUACCAUUUUCGAUACUUGAGCUCCACCCAGAAAGCCAAGGAAAUUAGAAAAUGGCAAGUAGAUUAGGAAGACGAGUUGUUCACUUCGCCAACCUUCCAAUCAAGCUACUAAUGCCAAACACCUUCACCAACAUUCAAGAAAUAGCGCUCAAAACCAUCCCAUCGGCGUCCAAGAUCGAGAUCAAACGCGUCCUCGAAUCCCUCUACGGUUUCGACGUCGAAAAAGUCCGUACUCUCAACAUGGAAGGCAAGAAGAAGAAACGCGGUGGUUUCUUAAUCGCCAAACCCGAUUACAAAAAAGCUUACGUCACUUUAAGAACCCCUCUUUCGAUAUCCGAGAACCUUUUCCCUAUUAAGAUUAUUGAAGAGGAAAAAGAGAGUAUUAAUAAGAAUAGUAAGAGUAAGAACGUUGUGGAAGAAGGGGAAAAGAAGAGACAUUGGCUUGAUGGGAAGAUGAAGAAUGGUGGAGCUGAGAAGCGGAAGGUUUCUUACGCCUCGGGUCGUGGCGGCAGCGGCGGCGGUGGAGAGGUGAAGUUUCCUUGGAGUAGCAUGACGAGGGCUAGUUAGGUAGGUAGGAUUUUUGGGUUUUUCCUUUUCCUUUUCCUUUUUUUAAAUAAGGGGUUGAAUGGGAAAAUUGGACUAUCAUGAAGAAAGGGUUUUUUUUUUUUUAAUGUUUUUUACAUUAUUGAUGAGAAGUUAUUAAUGAUGCAUAUUACUCAAGUAUUAUGAAA